AAUGGCUUCAUUAUAUUACUUCAUGUUCUUAUUUCUUUACUUGGUUUCCUCUGUUGAGUCCCAAGUUCAAGAGUUUGUUAGUAUUGACUGUGGAGGUUCAAGAAAUUCCAGUGACCCAAGUACUGGACUUCCAUGGAUUUCAGACAUGGGUCUCAUGAAACAGGGGAAAUCAGUUCCAGUACAAGACCCAAAUGGGAGCUUGGUACAGUAUCAAACCCGCAGAGAUUUCCCCAUAGACAACAAAAAGUACUGUUACACCCUAAGCACACAAGAGAGGAGAAGGUAUCUAGUUCGUGCAACGUUUCAAUAUGGCAGCCUGAAAAGUGAGGACACAUACCCGAAAUUCGAGCUUUAUUUGGAUACAACUAUGUGGUCUACUGUGACUAUUUUCGAAGCCUCGAGGACAUAUGUGAAUGAGAUGAUCAUCAGGGCAUCGUCGAAUUCGGUUGAUGUUUGCAUAUGUUGUGCUACAACUGGUGUCCCGUUCAUUUCCACUUUGGAGCUGAGGCCUUUGAACAUUUCUAUGUAUGCCACGGAUUUCGAGGAUGAUUUCUUCUUGAAAGUGGCUGCUAGGGUGAACUUUGGUGCUCCAAGCACGGAUGUCAUCAGGUACCCUGAUGAUCCCUAUGACCGGAUUUGGGACUCGGAUCUUGUGAAAAGGCAAAACUAUCUGGUAGGGGUGGCACCUGGUACAGAAAGAAUCAAUACAUCUAGGAAUGUGGAUACAGGGAGCAGAGAAUACCCACCUAUGAAGGUGAUGCAGACUGCGGUGGUUGGCACAAAAGGAACACUGAGCUACAGAUUGAAUCUAGAUGGUUUUCCAGCAAAUGCUCGAGCUUAUGCUUAUUUUGCGGAAAUAGAGGAUUUGGGUGCCAAUGACAGUAGGAAGUUUAGAUUAGAGCAACCUUACUUGCCGGAGUAUAACAGUGCGGUGGUGAAUAUUGCUGAGAAUGCAAAUGGGAUGUACACUCUUUAUGAACCAAGCUACAUGAAUGUGAGUCUGGAGUUUGUUCUGUCAUUUGCCUUUGUUAAGACCCCGGAUUCUACUCGAGGACCACUUCUAAAUGCAAUUGAAAUAAGUAAAUAUGUGCCGAUUGCUGCAAAGACGGAUAGGCAAGAUUUCGCUGUUCUCAAUAUCCUUCGUCUCAUGUCCUCUGAAAGUCUAUCGCUGGAUGAAGGUGAUCCAUGUGUCCCAACUCCCUGGGAAUGGGUGAAUUGUAGUACUACAACACCAUUAAGAAUUACAAAAAUUGACUUAUCAGGGAGAAAUAUGAAGGGUGAAAUUCCAUUGGAGCUCAAUAACAUGCAGGAGUUGACAGAGUUGUGGUUGGAUGGUAACUCCUUCAGCGGACCAUUUCCUGACAUCAGUAAUCUUAUCAAUAUAAAGAUUCUGCAUAUAGAGAAUAACAAAUUGACUGGUGCACUACCUUCUUACCUGGAUAGCUUGUCAAAUUUGCAAGAACUGUACAUUCAGAACAAUUCUUUCAGUGGGGAAAUUCCUGCAGGACUGUUAACGGGGAAAGUCACUUUUGAAUACAAAGAUAAUCCCGGGCUACACAAGGGAGCACAAAAGCACAAGCAUUUUAAGUUGAUAAUUGGAAUUUCAGUUGGAGUACUGGUGGCUGUUAUCAUUUUAAUCUUGGGGGCUCUAUUGCUAUUGCGUAGUCUUCGAGAAAAGUCACAUCAACAUAAAAGUGAUUCUCUGCGCGCCAGCACAAAGCCUUCAACAGCAUAUUCAGGUUCCCGGGGGCAUUUGAUGGAUGAAGGCAUAGCUUGCUACAUUACUCUCCCUGAUCUGGAAGAAGCCACUAACAGUUUUUCAAAGAAAAUUGGGAAAGGAAGCUUUGGAACUGUCUAUUAUGGGAGGAUGAAAGAUGGAAAAGAGGUAGCAGUUAAAAUGAUGGCUGAUUCAUCUACCCACAUGAAUAAGCAAUUUGUGACUGAGAUAGCCCUCUUGUCAAGAAUUCAUCAUAGGAACUUGGUUCCUCUAAUUGGAUACUGUGAGGAAGAACAUCAAUGCAUUCUAGUUUAUGAGUAUAUGCACAAUGGGACUUUACGAGAUCACUUACAUGGAUCUACUGUCCCCAAGCACUUGGAUUGGCUAACUCGCCUUCAGAUAGCAGAAGACGCAGCAAAAGGUCUUGAGUACUUACACACUGGAUGCAACCCUAGUAUUAUCCACCGGGAUGUAAAGACAAGCAAUAUUCUGCUGGACAUUAACAUGAGAGCCAAGGUGUCAGAUUUUGGACUGUCUAGGCAAGCAGAAGAAGAUUUAACUCAUAUAUCAAGUGUUGCUCGAGGAACAGUAGGGUACUUGGAUCCCGAGUAUUAUGCUAGUCAGCAGUUGACUGAAAAAAGUGAUGUCUAUAGUUUUGGGGUUGUUCUACUAGAACUGAUUUCAGGAAAAAAGCCUGUGUCACCAGAAGAUUUUGGUCCUGAAUUGAACAUUGUUCACUGGGCGAAAUCCUUAAUUCGUAAAGGGGAUGUAGUAAGCAUUAUGGAUCCAUUUCUGGAAGGGAGUGUCAAGAUUGAGUCCAUUUGGAGAAUUGCUGAAGUUGCAGUACAAUGUGUUGAGCAACAUGGAGUUUCUCGGCCAAGAAUGCAGGAGAUUAUUGUGGCCAUACAAGACGCUAUGAAGAUUGAAAAAGGCAGUGAAGCCAACCAGAGAAUAUCUUCAAGUAGUUCUUCGAAAGCACUAUCUUCCCGGAAAACCCUACUCACAAGCUUCCUUGAAAUCGAGAGUCCUGACAUAUCAAAAGAUUGCCUAACUCCAUCUGCAAGAUGAUUCUGUACUAUCUUCUAUUUUGCUCUUAACAAUACACCAUUCUAACAAUGAGCAUAGGUCUUCAAUCU